GCGAUCACUCACUCCCCCCCAACACUUGAACACACACCCCUGGCUGGGUUGAUUCAUUGCAGGCGCAAUUGACCGAUUCCAUUCAUUCGUUGCACGGAGAUAUUCAUUCCUACUAUGUUCCACAUCUAACCGAAACCACCACCGACCACCGCCGCCGCCGCCGACGCCCGACCUCCGUCCACUUAACUACCACCACCUCACACUCACCACACCCCCCGACAACCACAACACAUCACUCAAAAUGGUCAACUGGCUCACCCUCGCCGUACCCUUUGCCUAUCUGGGAGUCCUACUCGGCUCCCUGGCCACCUUUUCUUCCCUCUACCGGAAGCGCAAAGCUCAAAAAUCCCUCUCCCUCUCCCCCUGGUUCCCCACUCACACCCAACGCGACAUCUAUUUCUCCCUCCUCCACCUCGACCCCAAAGACAGCAAUGAAAAGGGCAAAAAAGUCCCCGACAGUGUCCUGAAAUCCGCUCUCCUGCGUCGCGCAAUCGAAGAUAUCCAACGCGUCAUGGCCCUCCGGAACCAGAAACAAGCGCUCGCGAUGCUCCUGCAACGCGGUAGUGUGGGCGAUGAUCUUUGGCAGAGGUUUGUUCGUGCUGAGAAGGAAAUGGAGGAGGAGGUCAGGGAUGUGGUUGCUGAGGCAAAUGCUUACGUUCCCGGCUGGGGUCAAACGAUCUUCCAAUCCGCUAAUGAAAUGCUCAAUAAUGCGAUUUAUCGCGAACGGAUGGAGAAGCACCAGGCUAAGUUGGAGGAGGAGAAGCAAUGGUGGGAGAAGAAGAAGGAGGGAUACAUGAAGGAGUUGGAUCCUGAGGGUUCUUCUGCUGUUUCUGCUGCUGCCGCUGCUUCGGCUGGUGGUGCGGAGGGGAAGAAGGUUGAGGCGAGUGCAUCUGCUAGUGACUCGGGGUCGGGGGAGGCGACGCCGGCUACCAAGACGCCUGAGUCGUCGAAUGCGCCGCCCUCGGUGGCUGGGAGUGAUGAUGAUGCGGUGUUGGUGGAGAAGGAUGAGCAGGCUGCUGCUGGGGCUAAUAAGAAGGGGGGGAAUUAAUUAGAUGGGUGCUUUUCAUGUGUUGUGAAUCGGAUAAGGUGUAUGUUCGUUUAUGGUCAAUUUUAUCACUUUUUUUAUUUUUAUUUUUAUUUUUUUUUUUU